AUGGAAAAAAAACGGACUCUUCGACUCAAACUAAGGAAAAGGACACUGAAUUUUGGAACUUGGAAUGUCCAAGGGAUAUCGACGAAAUUGACGGAGGUUGUGUCGGAGAUAAAGAAUCACGGGGUGGACGUAUCAGUACUAACAGAAACCAAGAAAAAAGGCCACGGAUCUGAAAGUUUAGGAGAUUACGACAUGUUUUUCAGUGGAGUAAGUAAGGAACAACGGGCUCAGCAGGGUGUUGCAAUUCUCAUACGGAAAACCUUGCGGAAGUACAUUAACAACAGGGAAGCAGUGAGUCCGCGCAUAAUCAAGAUGAAUCUCACGGUGUACGGGCACAGAAUUGCACUACUUGGAGUGUACGGGGUGAAUGACGAUGCUCCUGUGGGGCUAAAAGACCAAUUCUUUGAACAACUAAAUGAUGAAAUCGAGCAAAUUGGAACUACGAGGGAAGUGCUAAUCAUGGGAGACCUUAAAGGAAGAACAGGUAGUAGGAGGGGUUGCAAGGUGGUUGGACCAUAUGGAGAGGAAGCUGUGAAUGAUAGCGGUAUCCGAAUCAUCGAUAGCUGUGAUCAAAAUUAUCUAAAAAUUUUAAACGGAUUCUACCAGCGUCGCGACAUUCACAAAUACACCUGGGUGCAGCCAACUCGAGGUUUGAGGUCCAUUAUUGACUACGUGAUUGUGAGGCAAAAAUCCAAGAUGAAGGUUCAGCAUGUGAGAGUGUGCAGAGGUCUCUCAUGUGGCAGCGACCACUAUUUUCUCGAAGCAAGAAUAGCUUUCCCGGUGAAGGACGGCCAGCGAGUCGAGCCUGUACAACAAGAUCAGCAGCAAGAGAGGGUUGUCCUUCAUCGGAAGAAGUAUAAUAUAGAUAGUCUCCACCAUGAUAGCGUUAAACGUCUGUAUAGGCAAAGGCUGGAUGAAAAGUUGGUGGAGAGGUCUUUUAGCAGCACUGAGGAGCAUUAUCAAUUCAUUAAGGAUUGUAUUCACUCUGCGGCCAGUGAGGCCUUAGGAGUUUGUGAAGAAGAUAACUCGAGGCGUAAGCCAUACUGGUGGGACGCGGAAGUGGAACGAGAGAUCCAAGAUAAGCGAAACAAGUACCAUUCUUUUCUGUCCUCUAAGAGGGAUGAAGACAAGGUUGUUUACAAGCAGGCUCAGGCUCGGGUGAGGAGUCUAAUCACAAGGAAGAAAAACGAGACUUGGGAGCAGAAUUGCUCCAAAAUUAACACCUACCUCGGGGGCAGAAAGAGUGCAGAAAGUUGGAAAUUAUUAAAAAGCCUACGAAGGGAUAUGAAGCGUGAUAUUUUAUCUCCGAUAUCGAUCCGCCAGUUGGAGGAACAUUUUAAACAAUUAUUGACCGAAAGGCGACCAGAGUUUCAGGGAGGCACGCAGAUAAACACCGAUGAGGCAUCCACUGUAUCAGUCCAGCUCUUUGAUGUGGUUAAAGCCGUCAGGGAGUUGAAGAAUGUGAAAGCUUAUGGACCCGGAGAUAUUCCCUCAGAAUUAAUUAAAUGUGGGUCCAACAGGCUGUUCCAUUGCUUAAGGGACUUAAUGGAUAAAUGUGCGAAGGGUGAUGAAGUCCCGAAGGAGUGGAAAGAAUGUUGGAUUACAGCUACCCACAAAAAGGGGAAAAAGGACGAUCUUGAUAAUUAUCGUGGAUUGUCGGUGACCGGGACGAUCAGCAAAAUUUAUGGUAAGAUAUUGAAAGCUAAAAUCGAAGAAGAAUGGAUUCAUCAUGAGGCAGAAGAGCAAGCGGGUUUCAGGGCUGGCAGAUCAACCGUCGACCAUCUAUUUUGCAUCACCCAGGUUAUUGAGAAGAAGAUGGCGGUUGGUCAAGAAUUGCACUUGGUGUUCGUGGAUUUGCAAAAUAAGCCUAUGAUAGCGUGCCUUUAG